UAAUAGUGGGGGCGCUAAGAAAAAUGUAAGUGCAAGCCAUAUCAAAAGUUUAAUGGGUUGCUUGCUGGCUGCUGCUGAGCCACUGGCUUCCUUAGACUUCUCCGUCGAUAAACUAUAGCCGAGGCACGGUCUCAGACUGUGUUGCUUUCCCCAAGUGCUUCUUCUCAGCAUUGCUUGUUAUCCGAAAUGAGUAUCUCUGGUGCUGCACUUGGUUCAGGAAGAAUUUUAGGAAGAGCGGUAGAGUUUGGGAAAACUCAUGUGGUUAGGCCCAAAGGGAAACACCAAGCUACUAUUGUCUGGUUACAUGGUCUUGGCGACAAUGGCUCUAGCUGGUCUCAGCUUUUGGAGACCCUUCCCCUUCCCAAUAUCAAAUGGAUAUGCCCGACUGCUCCUUCUCAACCUAUAAGUUUAUUUGGUGGUUUUCCCUCCACAGCUUGGUUUGAUGUUGUGGGCAUCAAUGAAGAUGGACCUGAUGAUGUAGAAGGACUGGACGUGGCUGCCGCACAUGUUGCAAAUUUGUUGUCGAAUGAGCCUUCUGACAUUAAGUUAGGUGUUGGAGGGUUCAGCAUGGGUGCGGGGACGUCUCUAUACUCAGCGACUUGUUUUGCAGUCGGUAAAUAUGGAAAUGGCAAUCCUUACCCUAUCAAUUUAAGCACAGCCAUAGGCUUAAGCGGUUGGCUUCCUUGUGUUAAGACACUGGCUGGCAAACUAGAAGAGGAACAGAUCAAGAAUCGAGCUGCGUCCUUACCAAUUUUAGUUUGCCAUGGAAAAGGUGAUGAUGUGGUGCCGUACAAGUUUGGGGAGAAAUCUUCAGAGGCCUUGAUAUCACAUGGGUUUAAGAAGACAACGUUCAAAGCCUAUAGUGGACUUGGUCACUACACCAUCCCACAGGAGAUGGAUGAGUUGUGCGCUUGGUUAACAUCCAACCUCGGCCUCCAAGGUUGAAAAGGCUUUUCACUUAUGUCACUAAAUUAACCCCUUCAAACUCUUGAGAGUUUCAUUGAUUUGGAUUGGAUCCUUCGUAUUUUCACUUUAAGAUGUAUAACAUCAAAGCAUUAUAUAACUAGUCUUUGAGAGAUUUGUAUGGGUUGUUCAAAAAAAAAAAGAGACUUGUAUGGUUGUAUUUAAAUAAUAAAUUAAAAUAUCUCCGUCGGU